GGGUCAGAGGAGCUGUCAACUGCCCGGUUUAUAUCCGACAUGUCAACGUCGUGCUUGAAAGUUGAAACUCUUUUCUUUAUUGUCGGGAAGCUCAUAAAAUUCCAAUCGAACGGUUGAUAUACCUAAAACAUCUCGUACGUGGCUAUACAUCCGUGCCAAAUCACCGUUUCUUACGAUGAGCCACCACAGUCCACGUAUUGAUUACUGUUCGACACUUCAACUUCCACCCUUGCGCCGUUGUCCUCUCACACUCAUCGCAGGCUCAGUAGUUCUUCACUGCCUUCGCUGGAGAAACCACCGACGAUCAGUUAAAUGGACUAUGAUUCAGAAGAAGACUCAGAAUAUAGUGAAUCCGAGAUUGAUGAGUACACAGAGAAACCGUAUGAACAACUAAAGGUUGGAAAGUACAAGGUGAAGUAUUCGGAUGUUGCCUUUCGAUGCCCCUUCUGUAAGGGGAAGAAGAAACAGGAUUAUCAGUAUAAGGACCUCCUCCAACAUGCCUCUGGAGUAGGUAAAGGUUCAUCUAACAGAAGUGCAAAGCAAAAGGCAAACCAUCUCGCCCUAGCUAAAUACUUGGAAAUAGACCUGGCUGAUGCAUUGGAACUAUCACAAUUGGCAGUUGUGCAGGAGCCAGAUACUAAGCCGCCCGAGCAAGAUGAUCUGUUUGUUUGGCCUUGGAAAGGAAUCAUUGUUAACCUUCUUGCCAAGCUGCAGAAUGGCAAAGACCCAAGUGUAUAUGCAUCAUGGUUCAAAGAAGAAUAUUCUAAAUAUAGACCUUUAGAAGUUCAUACAUUAUGGAAAAAAGAAGAUUGUAUAGGAUAUGCCAUAGUGGAUUUCAGUAAAGAUUGGACCGGGUUCAAGGAUGCUAUAGAAUUCGAGAAAGCCUUUGAAGCUGAUCAUUGUAGCAAAAAGGACUGGAAUGAAUCCAGAACACACCCUAACUCAAACAUUUAUGGUUGGUUUGCUCGUGCGGACGAUUAUAAUUCAGGAGGCCCAGUUGGGGAUUAUCUCCACAAAAAUGGGGACUUGAAAACCGUUGCUGACAUUGCACAAGAAGCAACAGAACAAACAAAGAUUAUUGUGGCAAACCUAACCGACAAACUUGAUGUCACAAAUGAUACUAUAGAUGAACUAGAGUACAAGUUCCAUGAGAAGACUAUGUCCUUGAGCCGGACAAUGGAAGAGAAGGACAGGCUACAUCAAUCUUACAAUGAAGAAAUGAGUAGGUUGCAAAACAUGUCACGUGAUCACACUCGUAGGAUCCUCGAGGAGAACGAAAUGUUGAGAUAUCAGUUGGAUUCUCAAAGAAGAAAACUUGAGCUGCGGUCUAAAGAACUGAACAAACAGGAAGCCCUAAAUGAACUUGAGAGGAGAAAACACGAUGAGGAGAUUGAGAAGAAUGUUUUUAAAAACAAUUCACUUCACAUCGCAUCCAUGGAGCAGAAAAAGGCUGAUGAGAAUGUCUUGAGGCUGAUUGAAGAGCAGAAGUGGGAGAAAGAGGCAGCUUUGAGUAAGAUACUUGAGCUGGAGAAGCAGUUGGAUGCCAAACAGAAAUUGGAGUUAGAAAUUGAGGAGUUGAAAGGGAACUUAGAAGUGAUGAAACAUAUGGUAGGUGAAGAUGAUACCGGAGUUCAGAAAAAAAUGAUGGAGAUGAACGAACAAUUGAAUGAAAAGAUGGGAGAUUUGAAAGAUGUAGAAGAUAUGCAUCAUGCUCUUAUAGUCAAAGAGCGCCAGAGUAACAAUGAGCUACAAGAUGCUAGUCAAGUAUUGAUUGAAGGCUUGCAAGAUAUGUUAAGAGGGAAAAUGUCGAUUGGAAUCAAGAAAAUGGGAGAGGUUAACCCAAAACCAUUUCAAAAGGCAUGCAAGAAAAAAUUUCCAUGUGGAGAAGCAUCAGUUAAAUCUAUGGAACUUUGCAGCUUAUGGCAAGAAGAAAUCAAGAAUUCAGGAUGGUAUCCAUUUAAAAUUGUCACAGUCAACGGUACAGCUCAAGGCACAGUAGAUAAAGAUGAUGUAAAGUUAAAAAUUCUAAGGGAAGAGUGGGGUGACGAGGUUUAUAAUGCUGUUAUUACGGCCUUGCUGGAGAUCAAUGAGUACAAUCCUAGUGGAAGGUAUCCUAUACCCGAGCUUUGGAACUUUAAAAAAGGAAGAAAAGCCACAUUAAAGGAGGUUGUCAUUUAUAUAUUUGAGCACAUAAGGGUAUUGAAGCGCAAAAGAUGAACAGGCAAAGGUUAGCACUUAAAAGUCUUAUAUUUUAUA